ACCCUAAACUCCGUCGCCUUCGACGCCGUUUACGUCCAGUUCUACAACAACCCCUGCGGACUGAACGUUUACAACAGCUCGAACGGCUUUAAUUUUGGUCUCUGGGACAUCUGGGCGAGGAGCAGUCCAAACCCGAACGUCAAGGUCUACGUCGGCGCGCCCGCGUCAUCAACCGCCGCGGGCUCCGGAUACGUGGAUCCGUCGACCCUGGCCACGAUCCUCGCGAAGACCCGGGACCGGUUCCCCUCUUUCGGAGGGGUUAUGAUGUGGGAUGCCUCGCAGGCGUAUGCGAACAACCGGUACGACGCGGCAGCCAAGAGUGCGCUAGUCGCCGCCGGGGGCACUGGCUUCGAGUUCCCUGCAUGCUCUGCGGUGGCCUGGUCGGCUAGCGGCACCUACCCUGGUGGGAGCCAGGUCUCUUACAACGGUUACAUAUGGCAGGCGAAGUGGUAUGCCUCCGGUGCGCCCAAGGCGGACAUGAACGGCGACUGGCAGCCUAUCAGCGCCUGCGCAGGAAACGCGCCCUCGAGCACAACCACCAGCGCGGGGAGCGCGCCGACGUCGGGCACCGGCAACUGCGCGGGUGUCGCCGCCUGGGACUCCUCGAUCGCGUACAACGGCGGCCAGCAGGUGACCUACAACGGCCACCUGUGGACGGCGAAGUGGUGGACGCAGGACGAGACGCCGAGCAGCACGAGCGACGUCUGGACCGACUCCGGCGCGUGCAAGACCUCGGGCAAGGAGCAGAGCGCUAGCGCCAGCGCCGAGGCCACCAGCAAGACCGACUCCGCGACCGCACGGCCGCUCAAGUCGUCUCGCUUCUUCCGCCUCUGA